CGUCAUUCUUGUCAUCGUAUAAGUUUAGACACAGCUGAUAGAACACGUAAAUUGUUGCGUUUUUCUAUCAGUGACGUUAUAGAUUGGACAACACUCUACUUCCGGAUAUUAGAACACUCGACUUGCCGUCUGAUCAGGUCCGACGUCUUAGAGUUGGAUACCAAUGACAAAUUAAUUUCCGGUGAUAAUCAUCUCCUACUUGACCGCAGUGACUAUUGAUGGAACAGAAACAAAGGAAAAAACAACAUCCUCGACUGAACAGGACCUAUUGUACAUACACACACCCCUGUUUAUAAUACCGUGAUUUGCUGGAUAGUGGUCUAAAAAAAACUUAUGAUAGAAUGGCAGACGGCAUCCGACACUCAACAGCAUCAGGAUACCUAGAACCAAUACCGACCAAUACUGGAGAUACAGUUACCAGAAGUCCACGAGCCCAACAGAAACUUCCUCCCAUAAAUUCACAGCCACCAUUACCCCAAGCAUCCGGCGUAUACAAUACUUUGAACUCGGGGGAUUAUCCACACAACUAUACUGGACUGUCCGGAAACCUCCAGUACGACGAGUUGUAUGGGGUUCAAACCGGAAGUGAACAGUAUGAAAGAGUACCCGGAUACGGGUAUGCAAUCCCAGGCCAACAGGCUAGCAAUGGGUUAAGCGGCCUGGACAAUUUCCAGGAGAACAAGGUCCUCAGUAACCUGAUAGUGUGUUGUUCCAUUACCAGCCUGAUACUCAACUGUCCAAUCGGCCUGUUCUCUGUCUGUUACUCCUACAUGGCGAAGACAGAGCGGUUUUAUCCAAUGAGAAGGUUCUAUAAAUUCAUGUCUCUGGUGGUCAGCACAGUGGCCAUCCUUGGUUUUGUUAUCGCAAUGGCUGUAACAAUCUCCAUAAUAUCAAGUCUCAAUCGUGCUCGAUGAUUUCCUUUAAUCCUGUUGUUUAUUUUUGUGCCACAUGAUUCAAUUGAGAUACGAUGCAGUGCAUUUUAAAAAAAAACUUCAUUAAGAUGAGAUUGCUGUAAUGCAAUCAUGAAGAUAUGAUUCUCUGUGCCAUAAUUUAAAUGAUAUUUGAUUUUUUUGUGUACUAUGGAUUAACUUGUGGUUUGAGUACUUGUUUUGUAUGUAUGGAUGCAUAUCGAUAUUCAUGUAUGGAUAUUUUUUGGUAAUGAACAUUGAUUACGACCUUUCGUUCUCUGUUACUUCUAGGCGAAUCGUUUUAUAGCAUGUCCCAAGAUAUUUAUGCAACACAUUUGGAAGAAUUUCGAUAAAAAAAACCACAUACCUGUGAAAGAAAUGCACAUGAAAUAGAUGAAAAAUAAAAUAUUGACCAACUAUACCAUUGAAGUAAAAAAGGAAUAAAGCCAGUGUUACUGGGUCCUUUCAGGGCACUAUUCUUCAAUUAUAUCUGGUCACCCAAGAGAGAGAUAGAGAUUGGCGUAAAAUGGAGGUACCUAUUCAUCAAAUUGCGUCCGGACGAAUUCUUGAGCUGUAUUUACUAGUAAUCAAUGUUAACUCAAUGACGCAAUUUUAGAACCUUUGUUCUUUAUCUAUCAAAUCAGUGCGACUUUUCAGCUGAUUCACUUAUUUAUAGUCAUUUCAAUAGAAUCAGUCAAUGACUACUGU